UGUGUGCCCCUAUCAUUCCAAGAUGGCGGACCUCCUGGGCUCAAUCUUAAGCUCGAUGGAAAAGCCUCCGACCGUCGGCGACAAGGAAAGCCGACGAAAGGCUCGAGAGCAAGCAGCGCGACUCAAGAAGAUGGAGGAAAACGAGAGAAAAAGGAAAGCGGAGUUCAGGAGAAAACUGGAGAAAGAAGUGUCUGACUUCAUUCAGGACAGUUUACAACAGAAACGAAAGUACAAUCCCAUGGGGAAGAUUGAGAGGAGUAUACUGCACGACGUAGCAGAAGUGGCCGGUCUGACUUCUUUUUCUUUCGGGGAGGAAGAGGAGAGCCGCUACGUCAUGCUGUUCAAGAAGGAGUUCGCCCCGUCCGACGAGGAGCUGGAGGCCUAUCGCAGCGGAGAGGAGUGGGACCCCAAGGUGGCCGAGCAGCGGCGCCGGCUGAAGGAGCAGGCGGCGCUGGAGGAAGCCGAGUCCAGUCGGACGAAGAAGCCGGAGGCGUGUCCCAACUCCAACUACCGGGACAAGUACAGCCACCUGAUCGGCACGACGGCCGCCAAGGAAGCGGCGCACACGCUGGAGGCCAACAGCUCGUACGGCUGCGUGCCGGCGGCCAACAAGAGGGACACGCGCUCCAUCGAGGAGGCCAUGAACGAGAUGAGGGCCAAGAAACGGCUGAAGCAGGAGGGCAGCAGCGCCUGAGGAUCCUGUGUGUGUGUGUGUGUGUGUGUGUGUGUGUGUGUGUGUGUGUGUGUGUGUGUGUGUGUGUGUGUGUGUGUGUGUGUG